CCCUUAUAUGACUGGAGAUAUAGGAAACAGGAGGGAUAAUGCAUCCCUGCCUAGUGCACCUCCACCAUAUAAUAAUUCAGGGCAUUCACGACUCUCUCCAUAUCGUUCACUGCAGGAGCGAUUACAGGCGCUGAAGGUGGAUCCAGACCUGGACUCCUGUCCCCCGGUGUUGCAGCCCCAGCCGCCUCAGCAGCAGGAGCAGCAUCGUCCAGAGGACCGACGGAGAGAUGAGACACCGGGUCCCGCUGACUCCACCCAGGACCAGGCUACAGGGGGAACUGAAAGACCAUCAGCAGACAUGGCCAGCCCUUCACACACCAAGUCCGGGAAGAUCUAUGGACCGGAGGUGUCAUCAACCUCCCCCCUCCACAGACUUGGGAAGGCUGCCAAGGGCCUAUUUCUGGGACAAAAUACUGCUGAAGAUGAGGACACUGAGGUCUUCAUUGCCCCCAUGGUGGAAGUAUCAGGACCCACCGGCCCCAUACUGGUUUAUCGCCCUUGGUCCCCCUCUGAAAUCAUGGAGCAUGCCAAAAAUCUUCCUGACCCCACUGAAGAUGGUGAGAAAGCUAGCGAGGAGUGGAGAGCUUUCUGCCGCGAGCACCGCCCUACUGGACUUGAACUAAGGAAAAUCUUCGCUAAAGUGCUCACUGCUAGUGAUCUGGCUAAAGUCCGUCCCCACCUUCCUCCUGAUGACACCUGCCUGAAAAAUCCGAACUGGGACGAUGACACGAACCGAGUCUACAGAGAGGCCAUCACCACACUCUGUAAUGGCAUAAAGACUGAGUUCCCUAAUCGAGGGAGUCUGGCUGCCCUGAGAAAUCUGAUUCAGGGCCCAGAUGAGCGCAUGGAGGCCUUUCUGCACAGAUGUGAGACUGUUUUCACCCGACAUUCUGGCUUGGAGCGCCCUACAGGAGAACUGGGAGACACUCCAGGACCAUGGGAACGCCUUCUCUGUCAGACGAUCAUUGAAGGGAUGAACAGAGAUGUGUUGGAGUUGGUGAAAAGACAGUAUGUGGGGAUGAGACAUGCGACCAGAUUGACUGAGCUUCAAUGUCAAGCUAAACAUGCACAAGAUGUCAUGGAUGAAAACAAGAAAAAAGCUGAAUCCAAGAAAGACAAACAGAUGUCAGCAGCUCUGACUCUGUUCACCUCCCAGAAUCAGCCACAAUCCAACAGGGAUGGGAGGGGCAGAGGCAGAAGCAGAGGAAGACGAGGGAGGGGCGGCAACCAACAACAGCGUGGGGCGUGUUAUCGCUGUGGCCAAUACGGACACUGGAAGGACGAGUGCCCUCAUGUUCAUGGGCCCACCCACCAACAGGGAAACCAGCAGGCUGACUGAGGGGCGGACCCGGGAGGCAGGACUCCAGAGGAGCUUUUUUCUCCACCCACCACAGCUUUUGCUGAAGCAUCUGUUGAGGGAAGUGAAAUGCACACACACACAUACACUCAUUUAGCUGCUAAAGCUUAUAAGCGUUUUCCUUUGUUUACAUUGUCUGUGAAUAAUCAACCAGUUUCUUUUAUGGUUGACAGUGGAGCAACUCAUUCAGUUCUUAAGACAGGCACCCUAAAUCCCACUCCACCAUUCAGUGG